UACAACGUUAAUUACCCCUUUGGUGCCUUUAACUGUCAAAAAUGGGCCGCCGAAACAAAUGUAAGCCCCGUAUGAUCCCCCAACAGGACAAGCGAAUCUGCGGCUGUAUCUGCUUUUGCCAAUUGGUUGUCGUAUUUAGUUGCGUAUCGCUUAUUUAUUUAACGGUGGCCAUUUAUAUUCCUUCCUAUAGAGCGUUCCAUUCCGGUUUUGAAGAACGGCCUGUCAUGUGCCAAACUAUAAACACGAGUAUGCUCAACAAUUGCAGCUGGGCCUCAUGUGGUGAGUGGUGUCUAACAAAAACCUCCGGAUUUUGCCCACAAAUCCACGCAACGACGAGACAAAACGGCACAACAGUCCAACUACAAAACUGUACGCGUUUCCGGACCUCGCAUUGCCCCCCCGUUAACGCCAACGACUUGAAAAAACACAACUGUAAUAACGGAACGGAGUGCAGCUCCCUCAAGGGGGUUUUCAACUGUUCCUUGGGACAUUGCACCAAUGUCUCGCAGAUUUACGAGUGUCAUUACCGGGCCGACGGUUUCACCGUCGACAGCGACAAAGACAACGCUAAACUUAACGGGAUUUUCGAAUGCAAGGGCUCGAAAUGCACGAAAAUCAAGCGGGGGUUCAGCUGCGACCGAAUUUGCAAGGAGAAUAUCACUUCGUUAGGGAAAAAUGUGUUUAUCACGUCGGGGAAUAAAGUGUAUCAAGCGUCUUGCGAGUCGGGGGUAGCGUCAACCAUCGCUAACGGUAACGAAGAAGGGAACGAAAUUGAACCAACGCAGUUUUGGACGAGGAAAAAUGAAGAAGUUUUUAUGGUCUCUUGUCACACAAUUCGAUACAAUAUUGAUGAACACUAUAUAAAUGCUAGUGAUUGUAUCAACGGAACUUUGUACAACAGCGAAGACCUUCCAUCGCCUGUCAUGACUUUCAAAGAGUUUUGGAACUUGACUGGUCGUUGGAAGGCCGUUUUGGACCCUUUGGAGAAAUUCGUUCCUAUGCAAAGUGCCCUCACCAUAUACAACACCUCCCGACUGUAUAUAAACCUCGACGGUUGCGUAAAUACUUUAAAAGGGGAAUGUUUAGACUUCCUUAAUUCCCAUGGAAGUGAUGGAAAGAACCAAACGGCACAGUCACGCUAUCCCUGCUUCUAUAAUAAGAACAACUCCUUCAUGGUAAUUGCUCGGUAUGACUUGAAGCGGACUUGGAGGGACUUAAUAAUUGCCAUUAGUAUUCCCUCGGUUCUUUUUGUUGUUUCAUUUAUCACUUUGUGUGUCAUAAUGCAGUCGGUGAGGGUAGACGAUGACACCAAAAUGAGGUGUAAAUAUUGUUUCGUUAAGGAUAAUUCCGAUUUGACUGAAAUGAUAACGGCCAAUAGUAAGUACGAGGUGUCCUCGCCUGAGUCAGAUGGGCCUUCACGAAGAGAAGUUCUGGGUUAAAUUAAUGUUGCCAUUGCUAUCUGUGACCAACUAUAGUAUAUCGUAGCUAAAAGCAGUGUAUAAUGUGCCUUGUGCAACCGUGUAUUGCCUGCACGUUGAGUAACGUGUUUCAACUAGUUAGUUGAUCCACUCUGUAUACCUAUCGUUGUUGUUAUACACAUUCACUAAGUGUUAUUCUUGUCAUAUAUGUAUAUUUAAUAGUUAAUGUUUGUGAAUUUAUAAAAUAUUUACAAGUUGUUACUAUAAGAACUGCGAGCUUAUGAACAAUGUUUCAAUUAUUCGAAAUAACUGACUAUAAUCGCUUAUUGCUCACCAAUCUAUGUGAUCAGCACUUUCCUUUCAUUUUAUUUUAAUAUUGACUGAUAAGAACACUAGACCAAUAAAUGUCAUUCUUGAACACGGAAAUCUAAAAUCACACCAUUAUUAUUUGCUCAUCAUUUCUCUUUAAAGCAAAAUUAGAGUGUAAUCAAAACAAUGGCCUCCAAAUUGAAAUGACCAAAAUAUUUUUUCGAUACGUUUUAUUCAUAUUUGUAGGUGUAUAUACAACGUGGUCCAAAAGUGUAGAAUGAGGAGACUUUCGUUCACAAAACAAUCACUACUGCUUACAAUUCUAAAAUAUUGGAAAAUUUCAUAUCUUUUAUUGAUUAGUUUUGUAGCUAAAACGAAAUUUACUGUAGGCAUAUUAAAAAAUCACCAAGUGCCAAAAUUCAGACAACUUGAAAAUGAUGAGAAAUAUCAAGAGCAGUAAUAAUUGUUUUGCCCAAUUCAUAUGUUUACGAUUACGAAUAUUCUAAAA